UGUGGGAAUGCACUAGGAAAACAACAGAACACGCGUCGCGGCGCAUAGGAUUGAUGCAUGCAUUUGCUUUUCUCUGAAGUGCUUCUAAAGACGCCGCCGGCCAUCGUGUUGGCGAUAUUCAUAGCAAAGCGAUCCCUGCAUCGGAUGGGCUGGACCCGGGAAUCGUAGGUCGAGUUAAAUUCAUUAAGUCUCCAAGGUGCCUCCAGACACUUGGUUGUUUUUUGGUGCAGACCGCUCUCCUAUCCCUCUGGGAAAUAUGGAUGUACAGUAUUCCCCUCACUGUGUGUGUGUGUGUGUGUGUGUGUGUGUGUGUAUGUGGCGAUUUCAGAGCCCGUGGUAAUAGUAAAAACGGAUAAAGUAACUUUUAUGUAAAUACUGUACGUAUUUCUGUUUUGUGGGAGACACCGUAAUCGGUACUGAAUGGCCUCAUCCUAUAUUUGUCCACUGGGAAGGAAGCCAUCCUGGCUUUCCAAAGGAUUGAAUCCCAGGUACGUCUGAACCUUCCUUUAUUGCUAAAAGCGAAGACCGUCUGUUUAAAUACUUAUUUGAAGAUUAUGAAAGAUGGGUUCGCCCAGUAGAGCGUCUGAACGACACAAUUAAAGUGAAGUUUGGCCUUGCAAUUUCCCAGUUAGUGGACGUGGAUGAGAAAAAUCAACUGAUGACAACAAAUGUUUGGAUGAAGCAGGAAUGGAUUGAUGUAAAACUGAAGUGGGACCCUAAAGACUAUGCUGGAAUAACAUCUAUCCGUGUCCCUUCAGAUUCCAUAUGGAUCCCAGAUAUUGUUUUGUAUGACAAUGCAGAUGGUCGUUUCGAAGGAACAUCCACAAAAACCGUAGUGAAACACGAUGGCACAAUUGCUUGGACUCCUCCAGCAAAUUACAAAAGCUCCUGCACCAUAGACGUCACUUACUUUCCAUUUGACCGCCAGAACUGCUCCAUGAAGUUUGGAUCCUGGACAUAUGAUGGCUCACAAGUUGACAUAAUUCUAGUGGAUGAUGAAGUAGACAAGAGAGAUUUCUUUGAUAAUGGAGAAUGGGAAAUAGUAAUGGCAACAGGGAUCAGAGGGAACAGAACUGAUGGCUGUUGCUGGUAUCCAUUUAUUACCUACUCAUUUAUAAUUAGACGCUUGCCUCUCUUUUAUACACUCUUCCUUAUCAUUCCCUGCAUAGGGUUGUCAUUCUUAACCGUCCUUGUCUUUUACCUUCCGUCUUAUGAAGGUGAGAAAAUUUCUUUGUGCACAUCUGUCCUGGUUUCCUUAACUGUAUUUCUGCUUGUCAUUGAAGAAAUCAUACCGUCCUCUUCCAAAGUUAUACCUCUUAUCGGCGAGUACUUGGUAUUCACGAUGAUAUUUGUUACAUUAUCCAUUGUAAUAACUGUCUUUGCUAUUAACGUUCAUCAUCGGUCCUCGUCUACGCAUGACGCCAUGGCACCUUGGGUCCGCAAGAUCUUCCUUCACAAACUUCCAAAGCUGCUUUGUAUGAGAAGCCAUGUCGACAGGUAUUUCACUCAGGAGGGGGAUGCCAGCAAUGCGGAUGGUUCUGAGGCAUCUCGGAUUACCUUGGAAGCUGCCCUCAAUUCUAUCCGAUAUAUUACAAGGCACAUUGUCAAGGAGAACGAAGUACGUGAGGUUGUUGAAGACUGGAAAUUUAUAGCUCAGGUGCUUGAUCGUGUGUUCUUAUGGACGUUCCUUCUGGUUUCGAUUAUUGGAUCGCUGGCUCUAUUUAUUCCUGUAAUCCAUAAAUGGGCAAACAUAAUAGUACCAGUCCAUAUUGGAAACACCAACAAAUAAGUGUGUGAUGAGGACAAAAUUGUACCAAUCUUUCUAGAAAUAUUAAUCUUAGAGGUAAAAUAGUAGUGAAAUUAUCUGGCACAUUUUAAUCUACAGUUCUGAAAUCUUGGAAGGUGUGGGUUGAAGUUCAUGCUUAUAUUUAAGCAUGGACCUCUUAGGACAGCUGCAUUUUUCCCCCUUAAGUGUUAGUUCAUUGCUUUCCUAUUAGAGCUCACUGGUAUGCCAUUGCUGCCUUGAUGUGCCCUAAAACUACCUGUGGAAUAAGUGAGGGGCAAUGUAGAGUAAAAAGGACACUCCAAAUGUAAAUACUAACAAUAAUCACUUUUAAGACCUGCUUUUAAGACCACCUGCCAGCAUUGGAAGGCUACUUCAUCAGAGGUGAACAAGAUCCAACUGCUCAGCCCAAGAAGAUUUUGGAGGGAGCUGCUGCCAGGUGUAUCACCAGGGAAGAACAAGGCAAGGAGAGGAAAUUCUCUCUGAACAAUCCUGACCCCACCCCAUAUGGGUGCCAUGUUAUAUUCCGCUCCUGUAUUGUGUUUUGUAAGCCCCAUUGAUAGGGGUAGGAUAUAUGAAUAAUGCAAAACAUUUUAAGCCUUAGUAAUCCCCUACUAAGGUGGCGCUGUGGGUUAAACCACAGAGCCUAGGGCUUGCUGAUCAGAAGGUCAGUGGUUCGAAUCCCCACGACGGGGUGAGCUCCCGUUGCUCGGUCCCAGCUCCUGCCAACCUAGCAGUUUGAAAGCACGUCAAAGUGCAAGUAGAUAAAUAGGUACGGCUCCAAGAUGGCAUUUCCAUGUGCUGCUCUGGUUCACCAGAAGCGGCUUUGUCAUGCUGGCCACAUGACCUGGAAGCUGUACGCUGGCUGCCUUGGCCAAUAACGCGAGAGGAGCGCCACAACCCCAGAGUUGGUCAUGACUGGACCGAAUGGUCAGGGGUCCCUUUAAUCCCAUACAAGGCUCUGGUAAGACAGGACACUAUUAUAAUCCUCAAAUGGGGGCUGAGAGUGGGUGGCUUAAAGUAAUCUAGUGAGUUUGUGAUCUGAAACCGGCCUGUUCAUAGCUCAUAUUCUUAGCCACAAUAUGUAUUUACUGUGGUUUAGUGAUUUCACCUAGCUCCAUCAUUCCUUUCUGUUGGCCUUGUGAUCCUUUAUCUGUCAGAUCUCUGUGAGGGAUUCCCUGUUUCCCACCCCUCACUGCUUUAACAACAGAGGCUCUCCCUGUGCUUCUCUACAAACAGGAGAAAAACCUCCAUUGUCCAGAUUGGACUUGUCUCCAGGGUACCUCAGGGCUCUGCGUUCGAAACCUAUUGCCACCAGUGGGGUCUCCCUCCCAUGGAUCCCUACUGCUGCUACAAUUUGCCUCUCCCUUAGGCAACCAUGUGGCUCCCUUGGCUUCACUAACCAGCCCUUUGUAUGACAGGAGAAAAACCCAAGUUUCCUCUUCUACAGGAAAGCUUUGUUCUCGCCUCUUAGUCACACCUCUGAAGGUACUGAGACACUGCCGAGUCAGUGAAUGUUUAAGCACAUUUAACUUUAUUAUUUAACUUGAAAACAUGGAUUUCUCUGGUUCUUAAAAGUGCAUAUCUUCUUUUCAUAUAAUACAGACUUGUUAAUACAUCUCCUGCAUCUUGAUAAUAACAGUUAUAUCCUUUCUUCUUCCCAUCCACCCAAACCUAACCCACUGCUCCCUCUCUAACCCUCCACUCCCCACUGCCAACCCCCAACUGCCUUUCAAGGGUUGUUCCUCCUCCAUUUAGAAUGCCCUCUAGCUCCGCCUCCCAGGGAACACCUGCCUAUCAUGGGAGUGAUAGGUUAACCCAUGGUGAACCGGAAUCAUCACCAGGCACUAUUCCGCCACAGUCUCCAUAUUCUCUAGCUAAUAUUCUCUAGAGUCUAUUCUAAUGUCCACUGCUUGUUUGGACACAUAGCACAACACAGCAGGGUCCCAAGAUGUAAGCCUAGGAAACCUUCAUACCCUGAAGAGCCAAAGGAAUUUAUUUUGCAACAGAUUCUGAAUAUGAAAUGGGGUUGGGGGGAUGCUAGCAUAUAUUUACUUUUGUCUAAGUAUUUGGGAGAGGGGAUGGGUGGAGAAGAGAAUGAAACACAAGAGCCACAAGGUCUCAAUCUGAUUUAGUGUGAGGCUGCAGUUAUUUUCAGUUCUACAACACACAUGGAAAUGUUCAAGUAAACAAGUUAAUGUUUCAUCAGUAGAUUGCCUUAGAAGACUGGGAAAUAUUGGGCUACCUAACAAAAUGCAUUUCUUCCCUCAGUCUCAAUUUUUAAUACUUUUUGGGGAGCUGUAGACUUGGGUGUGGAAAAUGAAUAUAUUUCUGCAAUCAUGAGGUGUUUUUUUUAAUUACAGAAGAUGACUUAGAAACAUAAGUUGUAGAGUUGGAAGGGACCCCAUGGGUCAUCUAGUCCAACCCCCUGCAAUGCAGGUAUCUUAGCUAAAGACUUAUCUGUGAUAUGGUGGCAAACAAGUUAUUUUCCUACAGGCAUGGACACACUCCACUGUUCUUAUGGAGAAAAACAUGUUGUAUAAACGGGUCUUAAAUUUAACAUACUAACAAAUAUCAAAUACUGAAAUUAAAAAGUCUCUGGACAUUUGCAUGUUAUGUAAAAAAAGACUUUAAUGCUGUUUAGAAGCACUUUAGAGAUAUGGUACAAAGUAGGAAAACCAUAUCAACCAUGGGCCGCAGUAUGUUAAAAAUUCAUAUUUGUGUUUGGCAUAAGAUAGUGGUCAUUGAUGGUUUUGUCUUCUGAGCAGAGGAGGAUUAUUAAAGUAUCUGGAUGAGUCCAGUUUUUAAAGUGUUUUUUAAAAGAAUUUGUCAGCUAUGCUAAUGAACUUUGGGAGAAAUAUUACACUAAUGAUAAUAAACUAAAUAUUGCAUUUGGUACUCAUUAGUAACAUCUGAGGGAUGCGGGUGGCGCUGUGGUCUAAACCACAGAGCCUAGGGCUUGCCAAUCGGAAGGUCAGAAGUUCGAAUCCUCGUGACGGGGUGAGCUCCUGUUGCUGGGUCCCAGCUCCUGCCAACCUAGCAGUUCGAAAGCACGUCAAAGUGCAAGUACUGUAGAUAAAUAGGUACUGCUCCGGCGGGAAGGUAAACAGCUUUUCCGUGCGCUGCUCUGGUCUUGCCAGAAGCAGCUUAGUCAGGCUGGCCACAUGACCCGGAAGCUGUCUGCGGACAAACGCCGGCGCCCUUGGCCAGUAAAGCGAGAUGAGUGCCGCAAACCCAGAUUCGUCUGCGACUGGACUUAACGGUCCGGGGUUUUAGUAACAUCUGAAACAUGUUUAUAUCUGACUUAAAUUCUCUGUUGUAUAAUACAUUUUUACUAUGCAAUGAAGGGUUAAUUAAGCAUUCUUAAUUUAUAAAGAACCCUACACAGCAUAUGUUUUUAUACACUCUCAUUCCUUUGUCACCCUUUGCUUCUCUCAUAGUAAUUUGUUUGCUUUUUGUGUAAACAGUUGACAUUAUUUGUUCUUAGCAGGGAAGUCAUUUCAUGUUGCAGAGGGACGCAGGUGGCACUGUGGUCUAAACUGCUGAGCCUCUUGGGCUUGCUGAUCGGAAGGUCAGCGGUUCGAAUCCACACAACAGGUGAGCUCCCAUUGCUCUGUCCCAGCUUCUGCCAACCUAGCAGUUCAAAAGCAUACCAGUACAAGUAGAUAAAUAGGUACUACUGCGGUGGGAAGAUAAACAGCGUUUCUGUGCGCUCUGGCUUCAGUCACGGUGUCCCGUUGCGCCAGAAGCGGUUUAGUCAUGCUGGCCACAUGACCCCAGCUCCCUUGGUCUGAAGCGAGAUGAGCACCACACCCCAUAGUCACCUUUGACUGGACUUAACUGUCCAGGGGUCCUUUAUCUUUUAUCUAUUUUACCAUUUCAUGUUCAUUUUCAUUUCAUGCUCAGCCUCUCUGAGUCAGGAAGUUCAAAGCUGCACCCAGCUUUCAUAUUGUUUAUUCUGUUUUCAACAGGUUGGGCACUGCUUUCCUUUGGGGUGAAGACAGAGGAAAAAGUAGAUGUUGAGCAGUUCCACCCAGUAGCCUUUAUCCCUCUUCUCCACGCAGAGGGCCUUCCACUUGCUUCUUGUUCCUCUUGCUUUGAAAGUAGCCAAAGAAACCUUCCAAAAUUAUUUUUAACUUCUCUUGCAAGUCUGAGCUCAUUCUAAGCCAGGCAUCCCCAAACUUGGCCCUCCAGAUGUUUUGGGAUUACAACUCCCAUCAUCCCUAGCUAACAGGACCAGUGGCCAGGGAUAAUGGGCAUUGUAGUCCCAAAACAUAUGGAGGGCUGAGUUUGGGGAUGUCCGUUCUAAGCUUCAGUCCACCUGACCUCUCUGCAAGAUCUUCCUUCACAAAAUCUGGGAUUUCAAAAGAAUGGCUUUGAAAGACCCUGAGUAUUUUCAUUAUUGGUGAAUGAAGUUUAUUUUAUAAUAUAUGAAGCAUAAUGUACAUGCCAUGAGUCUAUUCCAUCUGUUCGCUUGACAACACUGUAUCCAGUGGCGAAUUACAUUCCGUUAGAGGCGCUCCAAAGCAAGCCAGGGGGACACAUUCCCAGUCUUGGUUCCACUGGCGAUUCCCAUAGGUGGCUUGGAUCAGAAGGUCCUUUGCAGUUGGGAUGACAUCUAUAGCUACUUUUUGCCAAUACCCAUCAAAACAGUUCUCUGCUCUGUGCAGAUAGUCCAAACCCUACCUGCAAACUGCAGAUCUAUUCCCUCUAAUACCAACCAUUACUAAACUUGAGACUUGUGCCGACUUCCACUUGUCCUAUGUCUAGAAACAUGCGUUCGAGCAGUUUUGCAUUUGCCCUGCUGCUUUCACCUGGGAAAUUUGUGAAAAACCAAACUACUGUAUCUUCUUCUUUUUCCAGUUCAGCAGCAAAGCAUAAAUGUUUUCCCAGGGAAAAGCAAGGCAAACAGAGAUGUGGAAGAGGUCUUGCUGUGUCUGCAACGUUUUAGGUCUGAGGUGAUGGAAAAGCCUUUCAGGUGCUAGCUGACUAAUCCGCCAUCUUGCCUAAACAUAAUCCCUCUUUGCACACAUCUUAUGCUACGUAGCAGGAUUUGUUGCUGUGAUUUGCCAGAUGAAUGUAAAAAUAGCAACAGCUAAGAACAGGGGAAUUGCCUUGUUCCAUCUUGUACAGCUAGGCAUCCCCGUGAAGCUCAUAGGCAAGGCAUCAUGGAGAUGGCUGCCCCCUGUUCUGGUCAGCAAAGGUAUGCUGCCCCUGAAUAGUAAGACCUUCAUUUUAUCAAUGGCUAAUAGCCACUGAAGAAGAAGAGAAGAAGAGUUUGGAUUUGAUAUCCCGCUUUAUCACUACCCUAAGGAGUCUCCAAGCGGCUAACAUUCUCCUUUCCCUUCCCCCCCUACAACAAACACUCUGUGAGGUGAGUGGGGCUGAGAGACUUCAAAGAAGUGUGGCUAGCACAAGGUCACCCAGCAGCUGCAUGUGGAGGAGCGGAGACUCGAACCCAGUUCCCCAGAUUAGGAGUCUACCGCUCUUAACCACUACACCACACUGGCUCUCCUCUGGGUGUCCUCAGUUUGCUUGACGUGGCUAUUUUCAUUUUGCAAUGCCUGAACUCAAUGGUGUGGGAGUAAGAAAAGCAAGUCCAUCUGAAAGUGCACAUAGGUUUGUCAUCGAUAACCAAUGACCUCUUUUCUGAUGAGUCCCUCUAAGGAAGAGAGUAACUUCCUUUCCCUGACACUUCAAUGGCUAAAGAGCUUGUUUCUAGGCCCAAGCGAAAGUCGGCUGCAUAACUCAUGUCAUUCAUGGCUUGCCAUGUUCUAAUUCAGGGGUAGGCAACCCAAGGCCCGGGGGCCGGAUGCGGCCCAAUCGCCUUCUAAAACAGACCCGCGGACGGUCCGGGAAUCAGUGUGUUUUUACAUGAGUAGAAUGUGUGCUUUUAUUUAAAAUGCAUCUCUGGGUUAUUUGUGGGGCAUAGGAAUUCAUUCAUAUAUUUUUCCCCAAAAUAUAGUCCAGCCCACCACAUGGUCUGAGGGACAGUGGACCGGCCCACGGCUGAAAAAGGUUGCUGACCCCUGUUUUAAUUGGUCAAGUGACCUGAAGUUGUGAAUGCCUGACUUGGGAAAUAAAAGGAGUUUCGGUACGUUUAAAAAUAAACAAACAAGAUAGGUGCAAUCCAUUUGCUUUUCCUCAUUUGCUGGAGAGCUCAGAAGUCACAGGGACUAUAUCUUAGUGAAUGACUUCCGCCUUGUAGGACUUCAUGUCCUGUCCUGUGUUUCAAGUUCUGGUUGAUCCUGUCACAAGAUAUGCAGUGAAGAAAGGCAGCUGCCUGGUGUUUUACUCUUUUUAUUGGCUUCCCUAUAGAUGUGUGUAUCAUACCUUAUGGCCAGGACUUCCAUAAAUUAGCUGUGUGUUACUUGAAGAAAUCCUUCCUUUUUGAGUUGAGGAAUUGAUUUCAUAGUCACCUAGUAUCCCAGUGAAUUUAGAGAGGAGGACUUCACUUUUGACACACCACCAAUGAUAUGGCUAGAGUUGUUGCAGUGAUCCACAUUGUUAAGCUAUUGCAAUAUUUUUGGUUGGCUUAGGGCAGUAGAACACACUUUUUCCACUUGUGUAAGAGCAUUACUUUGAGGCUCUUUACACCCACUCAUUAGAACCCUCUUACUCAUAUGUAUUGAAAUUUCAUUUUCUUCUAGGAAUGAAAAUAAGAAGAAAACUGGCAGUCUUCCUAGAAAUUAAAAUUCUCCAGUCUUUUACAGUACUUCGUAACAGUGUUACACAAAUCAUUAGUGUUUUUACAUUUAAAUGGAAGGUGGCUGAAUCUAGCCUCCUGGGUAGGUGGCACCAGCUCCCAAACUCUCUUUUUCAUCUUACUGGAACAUUAACUUAGGCUCCUGAGGGCUGUGCAGCGUGCAAAAAAAGGAAAGCACAAAACGUAUAGAUGAUUUAUCAUUGGCCUUCCCCCAAAAUUUUCCAUACCGAGGAAUAAACCAAAAUAAUUUCCCCUUUCCCCCUUUACUUUUACAAACUGUGCUUACUCUGAGCCGUUCAUUCAAAUGGUCUAGGUACAACAUUAGACCCUCCCCCGACUAUGCAGCUUGGCUUGCUUUUUUGAGUCCUCUGGAAUGAUUUUAUCUGUACAGCUUGAGGCACAUUUCCAUUCAGUUUUGAGUCAGAUGGGCCUGCGGCAUGGGCGUAGCCAAGGGGGGGCAGGGAGGGACAGCUGUUCCCCCAAAUAAAUAAAAAUUAAUAGCUAACUGAGAUUCUGCCCCCCCCCCCAACAAAAGGCCUACACCCAUGGCCUGAAGGACAUGUUAAAUUGUACAGUACAGUGGUACCUCGGUUUACAAACACAAUUGGUUCCGGAAGUCUGUAUUUAACCUGAAGCGAACUGAACCUGAAGCGAACUUUCCCAUUGAAAGUAAUGGAAAGUGAAUUAAUCCGUUCCAGACGGGUCCGCGGAGUACUUAAACUGAAAAUACUCAAAACGAGGCGUACUUAAACUGAGGUAUGACUGUACAGUAUAUGAAAAAGGGUGGGAUCUUUUGUUCCAGUUACUAUUUUAUACAAUAUUCUGAACAGUAGCUAUGUUCUGAAUAGCCGCCUGUUUUGAGUUUUGUUUUGUUUGCUAGAAACUAGUGAUUUCGUUGUAAUUCUUCCACAAAAUGCUGGGAUAUACAAAUAUUUGCCUUUUCUUUCUGUUCUGUUUAGAGCCACUGUUCUCACUAAUUACCACUGCAUUUGCUGCUAGUGAGCCACUGAGUGCAAUUCAUUGUGUUAGUAGUAGCAUGCAAUGCCCUAAAUGGCUUGGUGCCCAAGGCCCUGAGGUAGUGCUUCUCUCAGUAUCAACCAUCUCUAGACCUGCCAUCAGCAGGGGAAGCCUCGUUGGUGCCACUGCCUCUGGCUUCCAGUUGGCACUGACGCAUGACAGAGCCUUUUUGGUGGUGGUACCCUAGUUUGUGGAAUGCCAUUUCUGGAAUAUUU